GUGAAACACGUUGCCGCGAAACUACCGGCCGGAAUAUUUUAUGUUCCCGGAGUGAUUUGACCCCGACGACGAUGUCCAGUUCCGAGAGUGAAAUCGACGACGCCUCCGACGUAGAGACAGAGCAGCUUGCGCAAGCGGCGAUAAACGGCAACCGGGGAAACGAGGAAAGUGCAGAGGAACCGGAAGAUGAAAAGAAAGAGGAGGAAGAGCAAGUCAGCUGGGAGGAACUGGGUCUCGUGGACACCCUUUGUCAAGCCUGCCGAGCACUGAAAUGGAAGGUCCCGUCCAAGAUUCAACGGGAAGCUAUUCCACUCGCCCUGAACGGCAAAGAUAUUAUCGGGCUGGCCGAGACGGGAUCCGGUAAGACGGCAGCAUUUGCGUUGCCCAUUUUGCAGGCGUUGCUCGACAACCCGCAGCGCUACUUCGCCGUCGUUCUCACGCCGACACGUGAGUUGGCAUAUCAAAUCUCGGAACAGUUCGAAGCGCUCGGCACGAUGAUCGGGGUCAAGUGUUGCGUCGUCGUAGGCGGCAUGGAUCUGGUCGCCCAGGCCUUGCAGCUAGCCCGUAAGCCACACAUCAUCAUCGCAACGCCCGGCCGGUUGGUGGAUCAUCUCGAGAACACGAAAGGUUUCGGCCUGAAAGCCCUCAAGUAUCUCGUGAUGGAUGAGGCUGAUCGUAUCCUCAACAUGGACUUCGAGGUCGAGGUGAAUAAGAUCCUUCGGGUGAUACCGCGGGAACGUCGCACCUUUCUGUUCAGCGCGACGAUGACGAAAAAGGUGAAAAAGCUGGAACGAGCGUCUCUGCGCGAUCCGGUCAAGGUGGAGGUGUCUAGCAAAUACCAGACGGUCGACAAGCUGCUGCAGUACUACAUCUUCAUCCCGGCCAAGUACAAGGACGUCUACCUGGUGCACAUCUUAAACGAGCUGGCGGGCAACAGUUUCAUGAUUUUCUGCAGCACCUGCAACAACACCGUCCGGACGGCGUUGAUGCUACGGGCGCUCGGACUGGCCGCCGUACCGCUGCAUGGGCAGAUGACGCAAAACAAACGGUUGGCCGCACUGAACAAGUUCAAAUCCCAAACCCGCCAGAUACUUAUCUCGACCGAUGUGGCAUCGCGCGGUCUCGACAUUCCGCACGUUGAUGUGGUGCUGAAUCUGGACAUUCCGAUGCACAGCAAGGACUACAUCCACCGGGUCGGACGUACGGCUCGGGCGGGCCGCGCCGGUCAGGCCAUCACCUUUGUCACGCAGUACGACGUGGAGCUGUAUCAACGCAUCGAGCACCUGCUAUCAAAGAAGCUGCCCGAGUACAAGUGCGAAGAGGAUGAAGUGAUGGCCCUACAAGAACGUGUCGCCGAAGCACAGCGAACAGCACGCAUGGAGCAGAAGGACAUCGAAGAGCGCAAAGCCAGCAAGGGAGCGAAGGGCAAACGGGGCGCGGCCACUGCGGCCGGUUCGGACGAUGACGACACCGAGCAGUUCAAUGGGGCCCGCAAACGGCUGAAGACGGGCAAGCAGGGCAACAAGAGAAAGCCAAGAUGAAACCACAAAACAGGGCCUUCCGGCCGAUUGGCCUACGGAUCCUCUCAUCAAAAGAAAUAACUACUUUCAA